GCUCGGCUGGAGAAUUCAAGAUGGAGUCCCUGAGUCGAGCUGGACAGGAGAUGAGCUUAGCGGCCCUGAAGCAGCACGAUCCCUACAUCACCAGCAUCGCAGACCUCACGGGCCAGGUUGCUCUGUACACCUUCUGCCCCAAAGCCAACCAGUGGGAGAAGACUGAUAUAGAAGGGACCUUAUUUGUAUAUCGAAGGUCAGCUUCACCUUACCAUGGUUUUACCAUUGUGAAUCGAUUGAAUAUGCACAAUCUUGUUGAACCAGUGAAUAAAGAUUUGGAAUUUCAGCUCCAUGAACCAUUUCUUCUGUAUAGAAAUGCAAGCUUGUCAAUAUAUAGUAUUUGGUUUUAUGACAAGAAUGACUGUCACCGCAUAGCCAAACUCAUGUCCGAGGUGGUAGAAGAGGAGACACGGCGCUCCCAGCUAGCUGCUCGGGAUAAGCAGAGUCCCAGCCAGGCCAACGGUUGCAGUGACCACAGGCCCAUCGACAUCCUAGAGAUGCUGAGCCGAGCCAAGGAUGAGUAUGAGCGGAAUCAAAUGGGUGACUCAAAUAUCUCUAGCCCUGGGCUACAGCCAAGUACUCAGCUCUCCAAUCUGGGAAGCACCGAGACUCUAGAAGAGACGCCAUCCGGGCCACAAGAUAAGGUUACAAGUAGAUGUCAGUGCUGCCUCACAUUUGAAGUGGAAUCUGAAUCGGGAGGAUUCCUUAAGCCUGCGCCAUCUGGACACAAACACCUGACGGUAGAAGAAUUAUUUGGAACCUCUCUGCCAAAGGAACAGCCAACAGUUGUGGGCCUGGAUUCAGAAGAAGUGGAGAAGCUGCCAGGAGAUGCUGCUCAGAGAGAACUCAGCUCAUUCCUACCAUUUUCCUUUGAGCAGCCGGGAGGGGCCUCUCAGUCAGAAAACCCGGGUGUCCAUCCUGCUGCCCACCACUCAGUCCAACCUGAAGUCACCACCCCGGUGCUAAUCACUCCUGCCUCCAUCUCACAGUCCAAUGAAAAGCAGGUCCCAAACUACACGAUCCCAUUGUGCCCUGGGCUCAGUCCCACUCUACCAGCAGAAGCUCCUACUGCACAGAUUCCCCCUGCCUUACCCCGAAACACCACCAUAAUGCAGGCGGUGAAGACCACGCCUAGACAGAGGUCUCCACUCCUGAGUCAGCCAGUCCCUGAGCUGAGCCAUGCCAGUCUAACUGCCAGCCAGAGCCCCUUCAGGGCCCCACUGAGCGUGACAAAUACCGCCUGUACAACCCUCCCAAGCGUUGAUCUUCUCCAGAAACUCAGGUUGACCCCACAGCAUGACCAAAUACAGACACAGUCACUUGGGAAGGGUGCAGUGGCACCGAGCUUUUCUCCAGCAGCUGGCCAGCUGGCCACACCUGAGAGCUUCAUAGAGCCUCCCCCUAAGACAGCAGCAGUGAGAGCCUCCACCUCCCUGAGCAACAUGGUGCUUGCUCCCCUUCAGUCUAUGCAGCAAAACCAGGAUCCUGAAGUCUUUGCCCAGCCAAAGGUGUUAUCCAGUGCCAUCCCAGUUGCAGGCCCCCCACUGGUUACAACAACAACCACUGCAGUGUCUUCGGUGCUGCUGUCCCCGAGUGUUUUCCAGCAGACAGUGACAAGGGCAGCAGACCUGGAGAGGAAGGCAAGCUCCCCUUCUCCUCUAACUGUCGGAACAUCAGAAAGUCAGAGAAAGCUUUCCAUUAUUCUCAGCAAGUCUCAGCUCCAGGAGACAUUAAUACACCUAAUAAAGAAUGACUCCAGCUUCCUCACUACACUUCAUGAAGUCUACUUGCAGGUUCUGACCAAGAACAAAGACAACCACAACCUAUGACUGGAGCAGAAACCAGCCUGAAGACAGAAUGUCAACCUCAGAAACAAAUAGGCCUCAUCAUGGGAACUUCUGAACAGAACAUUGAGUUUUGAGAAUCCUGAAAUUGAGCCUAUGAGAAAGAGACUCACUCCUUAAGAAUGUUUUCCAAGUGACGUUCUCAGUGAUAAUGGAGGUUUCACUGUGAAGCAUCACCAGCAGACCUUUGUUUUGACACAAAAAAAAAAAAGUGACCAUUGUGUAAGUUGUGUGGGUGUUUUCAUCAGCUGUGAGCACGUGUGAAAUAAGGAGUCUGAUUGUCAGCUGCUUUCACUUUCAAGGUCUUAGGAGCAGUGUCACCAGCCUUGCAGCAGUCAGAGUUAACCCAGCCCAUAUUCCUUCCCUCCUCUUUCCCCCAGAAACUUGAGCAUUAGGCUGAGAGUCCAGUUCUGAACAGAGCAGACGUUAGCUCUGCAUCAUCGCUUCAUGUUGUAAGGAUCAGAGUUUCAAUUGGCAAGUGAGGACUGAUUUGUUCAAGUGAAGUAUAUUUUAUAUGAGUGCCCCGUUGGGCCUUUAUAAAGUUCUGAAAGUUGUGUUUUAAGGUCCUCAGUGCUGACAUGUAGCAGGCUCCCAGGGUGCCGUUGGGCCCUGCGGUGUUGUAGGAGCAGGCAGGUCACACUUCUGAAGCAAAGGCUGGGCGAGUGAGGCUCAAAUUCUACCAGAAAUCUCCACUUUACGUUAAACUCUCCAGUGGUUUUGGAAAUGUUGUGUUUGUGUGUGAAGCAUAGCCUUAUUUCCUUUUCUGUGUAAACACAGAAGUCAUUGUUGAUUGUUUUCCUUAACACUUUGACAAAGGACCAGUGGACCAAUCUGACAAAGCCAUUCUGGUUCCAUUCCUCGAGUCUACUGAGAAUAAUCGUGAAGCUAUGCAGAUAAGGGAGCUGUUAUUCACAUUGCCCUUACUUUAUUGUAGUAGAUGGAGUUCAAACAAACUGAAAUUCAGAACUUUACCAAUGUAUUCCUAGGCUGCGAGUGCUUCUGCAGCCCAAAGUGUGAAAAUAUGUAAAGAUGCUUUGUUAUGCUGCUAUUAAUCUGCCAUGAUUUAUAUUUAUUCUUUUAUGGCAUGUAAUGGUGAUUAGUAAUAUUUUAAUGUAGAUUUUGAUUUAUUUCAGCAAUAGUAAUUUUAAGAUAUUCUUUGAAUGAAAGUGUCCUCGUUUCUAUGAUACAGGUCAUUUUGUAGUAUUUAACCAAUUAAGAUGCACUGCUUACUUUUCUGAGCACUAUUUAAUGAUUGGGUAAAAACCCAAGUGGCUCAACCAGCUAGCAUAAGGGUUAGCUGUGAAUAAUGCUAACAAGUGUGCUGGUUCCUCGGGAACAGGCGUUUAAGCUUUAAUGGUAACUCAAUCAUAAGGUCAUAGGUGUUUUUUUCCUAGCUGAGAUUUUUAGAAAAUUACCUGUGAAUUACAUACUUGUCUUAGUUUGGUCUUAGUUUUUUAGCAUAAAGAAUGCUUUG